CGUGAACCAAUCACAAGCCAAGGACAAGAUCCCUUCUUGUUUUUAGCUUAGCACUCGUGGAUGGUUUACAGACUGUGAAAACUGUAUCUGUAGUGGAAACCAUGAGUUUUCUUAAUCGCUGUAAGAAACUGGUUCCAUCAGUUUAUAAAUAUGGGCUUUUACUGGAGCAAACGGUGGUUUUUCUUUCGGUCCCCAAAGCUCGCUGUCACAACCUGUAUUUGUCUCGACAGCAACCAGCAAAUUUCGCCUCAUGUCACAGUUUAAAUAGUGGUGCGACCUGUCAAAAAGAAACAAAGAGAAGUUACUCAGAGGUGUAUAAUGAAAAUAAUCAUUCACAGAAAUGCGCAGAGGAAUUACACGAGCUGGACAGUGACAACAGAGACUCCUUUAAAAGACCCUCAGAAACUUUCAGUCUAGAUGUGUUGGUCUCUCUACUGCGUCAGGAAAAUGCAGUGGACAUCUGUGUGAUUAAAGUAUCUGAAGAGAUCCAAUACGCACAAUACUUCAUUGUCGUCAGUGGCGUGUCACCUAGACAUCUCCGCGCAAUGGCUCUGUAUGCCAUCAAAGUGUACAAAUUUCUGAAGAAAGAUGGGGAUCCUAAUGUCAAAUUAGAAGGAAAGGAUACAGAAGACUGGAUGUGUAUUGAUUUUGGGAAUGUUGUUGUCCACUUCAUGCUGCCUGAGACCAGAGAAGUCUAUGAACUGGAGAAACUCUGGACUCUCCGCAGCUAUGAUGAGCAGCUGAAAAGCAUUCCUGCUGAGACACUACCAGAAGACUUCAUUUAUGAUGGUGAAGUCGCAAAGUGAUGACCCAAAACAAAUUGCCCCUUUUCAGACUUGUUUCUUCCUAACACUGGAUUGUUUUCUAAAGUAGAAAUAAAUGUUUUUAUGACGUGAUCGCUAUAAUGAAGUAAUUUCUGCUGUCUUAUAUUCAUUGAUUGUUGAUUGUUGGAAGGAGUGUUAUAAAUCAGCUGAAGAGUUAUAUUAUUAUAACAUAUUGCGAUGGCUAAAAUCAAGUUACAUAUAUUAAAAUAUAUUUCUGAAUGUUC